GGUUUGCUGUUUGUCUUCAGGUAUGAGCAAGAUGUCUGCUGGCAUAGCGGAGCAAAAAGAAGCAAUGAGACGGGUUCCCAAACCUCUCAUGGAGAAACGACGGAGAGACAGAAUUAACCACAGUUUGGAAACUUUGAGACUUCUGCUACUGGAAAGCACGUGUAAUGAGAAACUGAAGAAUCCCAAAGUGGAAAAGGCUGAAAUCUUGGAGUGUGUGGUCAACUUCCUAAGGGCUGAGCAACAGUCAAGAUCUCACCCAGCAAACAGAGGGAAAAGAGGACGUGUGGAGUAUGAGGAUGAGGUGUCCUCUCCUUGCAAGCGUAUCCAGAGCUACCAAGAUGGUAUGAGAACCUGUCUACUGAGGGUGAGCCAUUUCAUUGCAAGUAAGAACCAAGAGUCAGAGGAUGGUCUGGAGAGCAUGUGUGGAACCUUGCAGGAGAACAUAGAGGACCAGAGUCAUCUAGUGUCUGCAAGCCAGCUUCACCAUGGAAGCCUGAUGCACCUUACACAUGAAAGCAGUUCCACACUAGGGCAGCAGUCACUUACAAAUGUGGACUCAGCCAUGGGUCAACCCAAGGUUUCUCAAAGAACUGUCGUUUAUGAGCACACAGUGAAGAUGGCUCCCAACUCCAAACAGCCUUUGAUGGUCAGCGAUACUGUGUGGAGGCCUUGGCCACAGUAGAAUCCAAAAAAAUAGAAAUGACCCACUUUUCUUUGGAAAAGUUCACAAUCUUUAACAGACUGAAUUAUCAGCAGUUAACCACUGACCAUGAAGCAAAAUGACCACAAGACUCAACCAAAGACUGAAAAGUGUAAAUGUGCAGCAUAUGUAAAUAUGUCAACUUUGUACAUUGG